CACCUGUGACCCCGAGCCAUGUCCUGCUGCAAGCCCUGCGACCCUUGCUGCCAGCCCUGCGGCCCCUGCCCACUGGCCAACAGCUGCAAUGAGUGCUGUGUCAGGCAGUGCCAGGAUUCCCAUGUGGCCAUCCAGCCCUCGGCCGUUGUCGUGACCCUUCCUGGCCCCAUCCUCAGCUCCUUCCCACAGAACACCGCCGUGGGAUCCUCCACCUCCGCUGCCGUUGGCAACAUCCUCAGCUGUGGUGGAGUGCCCAUCAACUCUGGGGGCUUUGACAUCUCCUGCAUCACCAACUGCUAUGGUGGCAACAGAUGUCGUCCCUGCUAA